AUACCUGCAUAGCUAAAGUCGACGUCUAAUACACUUUUUUUUGUCCAAAGGAAAUAUGUCUACUACCAAAAAGGAUCAUCCUCAUACGGAGAAGGAAAAGGAUAAGGCAGCCCAAGAACCAAAUGAGGAGGAAUCUAACAAGGAAAAGCUACCAUGGAUAAUUCAAAAGUGGCUUAAGCUUGUGCAUACACUCAGUUGCACAUUUUUGGGGGGCCCGCGGCUGUUAAAAACCGCUCAUGUGGUGAGCUUUCAGAAGGGGGCUACUCUGUUGCUGUGCCUGGGCAUGAUGCGCUUGACAGGGAACUAUUCGAAGACUGCCACGACGUACACAGCCCUGCAUGGGGGGUAUGGACUUUCCUGGCUUCUGAAGGAGAUGGUUUUCCCGGACCCCAAAUGGCAAGAGCGUAUCACCAUUGGUGGUGCAAUCAAUUCCGUCUUACUCGUAUUGGGCCCUUAUUGGGUAAUCGCCUACAAUGCUAUUGUUAAGAAAUCGGAGCGAUCGAACCUUUCUCUUUGUGCCGCUGUUGUUGUGUACACUAUUGGCUUAUGCUUAAUGCUUGGUUCGGACUGUCAAAAAUACUUCACUCUUAAGUGCAAGAAAGGACUCAUCACAGAUGGAUUUUUUUCGCGUGUCAGGCAUCCAAAUUAUCUUGGUGAAAUGAUGAUUUACGGAUCCUUUGCAUAUGUGUCGGGCAACGUCAGCUCAUGGCUAAUCCUUGGAUGGGUGUGGACGGGCUUGUUUAUACCGUUUAUGCUUAAUAAAGAGGCAAGUAUGAGUCGCUACAGUGAGUGGAAAUCAUACAAGGCACGAACGGGCUUUUUAAUUCCGCGCUUGUUCAGCGCCUCGGAAAAAAAGAGUUCAUAA